CAGAAAGAGAAUAUCUCGUUAGUUGCUCUGGUCGCAACUGGUGCCCGGCCCAUGUGUGUGUGGGUACCAUUCGUAUUAUCUGCUGGCCAUAGUGGGAAAUGCACCAUUUCAGGAUAAAUUAUUCGGGCUUGCGAGGUUUGUAGAAGUGCUGAGGGGGGGGGGGGCUUAGCUGAGUGGUGUGGACGGUCGGAAUAAAUACACCGACCACGGUUUGGAUCGUCGUCACUUCAGCGCCAGCACCAGGACGACAGCCAUCGUCAACCAGACAUCAAACGACCCACGAUCAAUCCAUAAUAAUCAACCAUGGCACCCAAAUACACGCUCCACUACUUCGAUGUCACCGCCCUUGGGGAGCCCAUCAGAUUCCUGUUCGCCUAUGGCAAUAUUAAGUGGGAAGAUAUCCGCUACGACGAUGAUCAGUUUGAGAAGGUUAAAAGCAAAAUGCCCUUUGGACAGAUGCCAGUUUUACAUGUUGACGACAAGAUUUAUGCUCAAUCAACUGCAAUUAGCCGAUACCUAGCCAAGCAGGUCGGAUUAUCUGGAAAGGAUGAUCUCGAGAAUCUUCUGAUUGACCAAGCUGUAGAUCUCUUCCAUGACUUCCGUCAAAAAAUUGGCGAUUGGUUCUAUGACCCUAUUCCCGCGAGCAAGGCAGCGAAGGUGGCGCAGCUUAAGGAUCACUUCCCUUUCUACUUGAACAAGUUUGAACAAAUUGUGAAAGAGAACAAUGGCUUCCUUGUCAACGGAAAGCUUACAUGGGCAGAUGUCUUCUUUGUUGCGCCUCUGAACUACUUCAAGUACAUCAACAAAAGGGACUUUUUGGAGGGUUAUCCUCUACUGCAAGAGUUGGUUAAGAAAGUAGAAUCUACUCCCGCCAUUGCCAGCUACAUUGCCAAGCGUCCACCUGGUGGCCGACCAGGAGCCUAGCGCUUGUAGGCCGGCGGAUGGGGAGCCGUGGGUGGCGGCAUAAUAGAACUGACACCAUCUCCAUAGUGGAGCGCCCCAUUCGCCUUCUAUCUAACUAUCUAUCUAUCUGUUCUUAUUAAAAAAAAUUAUUUAUCAACAA